CUGCAGCGAAGUGUGGCUCAAAGAUGGCAGCCUCCAGUGGGAGAGUGUUUAAGUCCUUUGUGCGGGGAUGUUGCGGGUGCUCCUCUGUGAUGCUGCCGUCAAUAGCAAGAAAUGCCAUUCUUCAAAAGCCAGCAGUUAGGGUGUUAGCAAGGUUAGUAUGCACCAGCUCAACACUUCAACGAAAGAACAUAGCAGCAGCAGGUCCAGAGAAGUACACACAAGAAUUCAUCAAGAAGCAGAUUGAAGAGUUUAACAUUGGAAAGAGACACCUGGCUAACAUGAUGGGUGAAGACCCAGAAACAUUUACUCAAGAGGGUAUUGAUAGGGCGAUUGCCUACCUUUUCCCUUCUGGAUUGUUUGAGAAGAGAGCCAGGCCUGUCAUGAAGCACCCAGAUGAGAUUUUUCCUAAGCAGAGAGCUGUCCAAUGGGGAGAAGAUGGUCGACCCUUUCAUUUCCUUUUCUAUACGGGCAAACAGUCUUACUACUCGCUAAUGCAUGACACGUUUGGAAAGUUCCUGGACAUUCAGAAAUAUCAAGACCGUAUGCGAGCAGAGGGACUUUUUUCACAAGAUACUAAACAAGUGAACCUGAUUGGCAGCAGAUGGAUGAUUAAGGAAGAGCUAGAAGAGAUAUUGGUGCAGCCAAUUUCAGAUCAUGAUUGUCUGCGCUUCAUCCAGCUGCUAGAGCGAAUCCUGGCUCUUCCGUACUGCAGUAGGGAAGAGGAGUACAUUCAGAGGUUCCGUCGGACCCUGGAAGUACAGUCAAAGAAACAGAAGAUCGAGCCACUGCAAUAUGAUGAAAGUGAAGUGGCCUUCAGCACUGGAGAAGGUAGAAGAAAGACUGCCACCGCAACAGCAAGAGUCCUAGACAACGGAGCUGGAAAAAUAACUGUAAAUGGUGUGGACUAUUUGCACUACUUUCCUGUACUGCAAGAUCGAGAGCAGUUAAUGUUCCCGUUCCAGUUUCUGGACAGACUGGGGAAGCAUGACAUGGAAUGUAAAGUAACUGGAGGCGGCAGGUCAGCACAGGCCGGUGCGAUCCGAUUGGCCACUGCUAGAGCUCUGCUCAGCUUCAUCACAGAGAAUGAAAUGGAGUCCAUGAGGCAGGCUGGUUUGCUGACCCCCGACCCCCGUGUGAAGGAGCGGCAGAAGCCUGGACAGGAAGGAGCCCGGAGGAGGUUCACUUGGAAUAAACGAUGAAGUGGCGUCUCCUUAAGAGGAGCAGCAGGCGUCAAAGCACAUACGAUUUACAUCCAUAACGCGCUUUCCUGUGAGCAAGUCUGUACUUUCCUUAGUGUAUUGAUGAUGAUGAUGAUGAUAAUAAAAAUUGUAUUAGUUAAAAUGUAAUAAAAUAUGAUUUAGCUUAACACUUAUUUGCAUACUGCCAUAGCAGUUCUAGAUUUCAUGGAAGAUUAAAGGAUUUUUAAGCCAUGAAAUGUUUUUUUUUGACUUUCUCAAAAAAAAACUCCUGAUUUCAGUUCAGCUGUUUUGUAGUGUUUUAUACAUUGGAAUGCCUAUUAGGUCUUUCCUGGGGAGGUGAAGGGAUAAAAACCCACGACAAGAAGCCUUGAUAACAAAAAUCAUUCUGCUAUAAAGAGGAAAAUUAGUCAAAAUACAGCACCGUAGUAAAGUUAGACGUUGGAGGGGAAAACAAGACGAAAAUGUAAAAUUAGAGCAAGUGGUGUAGCAUGAAAGGAUUGAAAAGGAUGAUUGAAGAGAAAUUCUAGGGUUUUGUAAGGAAGAUAACUGAAAUUGUUAUGUAUUUAAGUGUCACGUUUGCUAAAUCGGUUAUUUAAAUAUAGUGGUUAUAUCGGUUAUAACCAUCAAACCCAAUGAUAUUUCACUAAUAUAGUGGUUAUAUAAUUUCUAACCAUCAAACUCAGUGAUAUUUCACGCUAAUAUUGUUGUCUAAAGAUUGUGCUGUAUGCGGAGAAUUAACUGACACGCAAGCUAUAAUCUAAAUUUACCACUAGGUGGCACUGUAGCAAAGAAAUUCUGACCAGCAAAAUCUUACAUGGAUUUAAAAAUAAACUACAUAGAUGUCAGCUAAAAUUAACUACAUUUCUUCCAUAUUUUAGCCUUCUGAAUCAAGGUUUUGUAUUUUUUUUUUAAAGUAAGAAAUGAGUGUAAAUGUAGCAUGAGAGUGCUUUGUGAUUAUCCCUCAGUAUAUUAUCUGCAAAUAUAAUGGUUUUCCUCAUGUGUCGUUGUUACAACCAUUAUAAAACAUAAUUCAA